UUUAUGAAACAUAAUGUGCUCAGGGCCUAUUUGUUCAUUAUUCCUGGUACUAGCAUUGUCUGUUUAACGAGAUAUACAUGUACAAUCAUGUUGUACUAAAACGUCCUGUUUUCAAGUCAAUAUGCACCAAAUAUAUAUCAUCGCACUUCAAGUUAUUAUUGUUUUAUGUAGUGACAUAUGCUUCUUUACAUGACUACUUAAAGUGAUAGCCCCAUUUUAAGGUCUGUUUAUAAAAAAAAUCCUUGUUCGUGUUCGUGCUUACGUUCGAAUUAGUGGAUUGAUGAGAUUUGUCUGCUCUUCAUGAAUUCCCUGAAAUCGGUCCUUAAAAUGUCUCUUUUUCUAAUGUAAAUAUCAAAAAUUUUCAGCUCGCGCUUCGCGCUCGCAUCAUUUGUUUAGUGAAAUACGUAUGGUCAUAGUAGAUUCCUACAAACAAGCCUUAGAAUGCCCCUCUUCAGAUCUGAAUUUCCUAUAUUUUCAGCUCGCACUUUGCGCUACUGAGAUGCGUAUGAUAAUCAUGAUUACUAUGACUACAAAAAGCUCUUCAUGUGUUUGAAUGUGAUUCUAACAAAAUCAGCAAUCGCUUGGCACUCGCAUUGGAUGACUAUGGUGAGAUAUGUAUACUCUUAAUGGAUUAAAAAAAAGAAAUAGUCCUUAAAAUGUCCCUGUUUGGGGUCAAUAUACACAAAAAUUUUCAGCUCGCGCUUCGCGCUCGCAUCAUUUUGUACGUGAAGUACGUAUGGUCUUCAUAAAUUCCUACAAACAAGCCUUAGAAUGCUUCUCUUCAGGUCUGAAUUUCCUAAAUUUUUAGCUCGCGCUUUGCGCUUGCAAUAUUUGAUUAGUUAGAUGCGUAUUCUAAUCAUGAUUACAAUGACUACAAAAGGUGUUUCAUGUUUUCUAACAAAAUCAGCAAGCGCUUGGCACUCAAAUUAGAUGAGUAUGGUGAGAUAUGUAUUCUCUUAUUUGAUUUCUAAAAGAUAAUCCUUAAACUGUCUCUGUUUGGGGUCAAUAAAUACAAAAAUUUCAGCUCGCGCUUCGCGCUCGCAUUGUUUGUUUAGCGAGACAGAUACGUAUUUUUUUUUUUGUUUAAAUAGCUUAUUUUGACCCUUUUUAGGUAUGAAUUUCAAAAAUUUUCAGCUCGCGCUUCGCGCUCGCAUCAUUUGAUCAAUGAGAUACAUUACAUAUCCGUUUAAUGGCACAGUCCUUAAAAUGUCUCUAUAUAAGGUCAAUAGGCCUAUAGCUGGUAAUUGAGCGCGCUUUGCGCGCUCACUGAGCGACUCAAAUGUUUUGCUGGUGCCCCCCCAAUGCCGUGACCCACGGUACGCCACUGAUCAGAACAAUGUGCAUGCAUUGACGCCUGUGAUUUUAUGGAGGGCAAGAAACAUAAGGAGAUAAAGAGAAAACUCCUGAGGAUAUACAUUUUCAAAAUAUUAAGAGGGCGCUAUCUCUAUAGGCAAUGGUCACUGAUGCGUAAAAAAGACAUUUGGCAUAUGACGGAUGAUGCCAUUAGGAAACCCUAAAAAAGUGAUACCAAUAUAAAUGGAAACAAGGAAGUGAUGGCCAUUUUACUGUUUUCCAACUUUUUAAUAGAGAGCGCUUUUUCUUAAAGGUAAUGAUCACUGAUGUGUGUAAAAAAAACAUAUGGAUUAUAAGGGAUGGUGCCAUAAGCAUACCCUGCAAAUUAGAGACCGAAAUAAAUGAAAACAAGGAACUUAUGGCCAUUUUAAUAUUUCUUUAGUUUGCAAUAGAGGGCGCUAUUUUUUAAAGAUAAUGGUCAUUGAUGUGUAAAAAAAAGAAAAACAGUUGAAUUUUGGACUAUCAUAAGUCAACCCUGAAAAUAUGAAACUGAAUGAAAUGAAAACAAGUAAGUGAUGGCCAUUUUUCUAUUUUCCCACUUUGCAAUAGAGGGCGCUAUUUCUAAAGGUAAUGGUCACUGAUGCGUAAAAACAGAUGAAUAAGGAGGCAUGUUACCAUUAGCAAACCCUGAAAAAUAUCAGACCAAAAUGAAUAAAAACAAGGAAGUUACGGCCAUUUUACGAUUUUCCUACUUUGCAUUUCAAUAAAUAUGAAUAUGUUUUAAUGUAGACUAUUUCGGAUUUGAAUUUAGGGCAUGAAGACGGCAUUUUGAAGGGCAAGUCAUAUUUUUAUAUAAAGAGCAACUCUUAAACAAUCUACAGCAAAUUGUUAGAAGUGUGUAGCAUGCAGAAUAAGAGAGUAAGGACGGGUUUAGGAAUAGUAUGCAAAUGGACUUGAAAUUUACAAAAUGGCACCUGGAUGGUCAUGCAUUGCCCCUGUCCGUCCGCCCCUCCCCCCCCCCCCACUUGGUUUUCGCGCAAUAAGUAACAAAAUAUGUAAUGGAAAAAAAAAAAUGGUGUGAAGGUAUAGGACACCAAAAUACAGGCUCAGUUCGAAUUCGGAGUUCGCAGGUCAAAGGUCACAGCUCAUUAGAUAUGCGAGUUGGUUUCCACAUGAUUAUCAUAAGUUCCAAAUGAAUAUUUAGAAAUGUUUUUUUAUUUGAAUCAUGUUCAUGUGAAUUAUCACACAUAGACAUAUACUAUGUGUAAUAUGUAUGGAAAAUACGAUGUAUGUUGCGCGCCAUGUUAUAUAGUGGUACACUUUGGGGGUACCGUACCAAAUUUUUCGAACUUUUAUCAAUAGAUGUGCAAAAACAUCAAGGUAAAAAGUCAUAAAAGCACGGGGCAGAAAAUAAACAUUAUUCAAUAGCUGUUUUUGAAGUCAGUACUGCUGCUAUAUCGAAUCACCUAAUGAUGGCGACACUGCAAAAGGCCUUCCACUUGUUAAUAUGAAUUGCAGAAAAUGGUCUGAUAUUUGUAAAAGAUGAAUAUUUUUAUGAAAUAUGUGCUUAACUUUUUUGUAAUCAGAAGUAUCAUCUGCAUGUGCUUCAAUGAUAUGUUUUGAACUUACCUCGAAACAAUGACCUAUCAACCAUAUGGUUUGUUUGAUUUUACAGGAUCAUUUCAAAAGAUGCAUGGUGAUGAGGCAACAAUAUCACAGUCAUCAAUGUGUCGAAUCAUCAAAGAUGCGUCGGAAGCUAUAGCAACAAGGAAGAGGCAAUAUAUGAGGUUUCCUUCGACAAGAGAAGAAGUUGAUGCAACUCAGCGACAGUUCUACCAGUAUUGUAGAUUUCCAGGAGUGAUAGGUGCAAUUGAUGGGACACAUGUCAACAUCAGGAGCCCUGAUGGGGAUCAGGCAAUAUACUUCCUCAACAGGAAGAAUAGAUACUCGAUCAAUGUACAGGUUGUUUGUGAUCAGGCUGGGAAAAUAACAAUCAUCGUUGCCAGAUGGCCUGGCAGCACACAUGAUUCCCGUAUUUUCCCGGAGUGCACACUGAAGGAGCAGCUAGAGGCAAGAGCUGAUGGUUCUGAGUGGCUACUUGGAGAUAGUGGGUAUAUGGAUUUUCAUUUUUGUCUCGCCCACAAGAGGUGAAGGCGAGACUAAGGGAUCCAAACGUUGUCCGUCACAAAAAUUUUGACACACAUCUCCGUAAUCGUAAGUCACAUUUCAACUAAACUUGGAUGGUAGUUGUACUUGGGGGACCUGCAUGUUAUGCUGCAGUCGGAGGUCACAUGGUAAGGUCAAAGGUCAGUUUCAGGUCAACGUUAAAGUUUACAUGCAAGACUCUCUUAUGACACCUAACUCCGCAACCGUAAGUCACUUUUCAACCAAACUUGGAUGGUAGAUGUACUUAGGCGACCUGCAUGUUAUGCUGCAGUCGGAGGUCACAUGGUAAGGUCAAAGGUCAUUUUCAGGUCAACAUAAAAGUUUAUGUGCAAGGCUCUUAUGACAAGUGUUAUUCUAUCCCAGUCAUUUCACAAUGAAGUUUCAAUACAAUUAUGUUGUGUGCCCUCGCAAAUCACGAUAUUUUUGGUUAUUUUCAUGAGUGGGCGAGACACAAUCGCUUCUGCCAUGUUUUAUUCUAAAAAUAGUAAACAUAGUAUGAAAAACAAUUAUUGAAAAAAGCUGGCCCGAUUUGUCCAGGUCAGAAAAGGGCAACACAAUUUUUGUUCAGGCCUUAAGUGAAUGCAUUCAUACAAUUUGGGAGUACAUGUUUAAAUAGCAAAUCAGCGUUCCUAUUGUUAGGUAUCUACUGAUUAAAAAAUAUCUUUUAAAAAUUUAUGAAUUUUGUAAACUUGUUUUUUUACGGAAAUGUGUAAAUUUACAUGGUAAUUUUGUAAAAGUACGGUAUUUUUACGAAAAAGGAAUUCGUAAAAUUACGGAUUAAAAAAAAAUUCCUGCAGCAAAAUUUCCGGACGAAUUUUUUCCCCGUUAAUUAUUUAUACGGGAUCUUGUUAAUUUUCGUAUAAAUAAUGGGAAAAAAUUCAUCCAUUAAUAAUUUAUACGGAGUCAUGUUAGUUAACAUAAAUUUUCAGUAAAAUUUCGUAAAUAAAAUCCGUAUUUUACAUGGGAAUUUUGUAAAAGUACGGUAAUUUUACGGAAUAGGAAUCAGUAAAGUUACGAAUGAAAAAAAAAAAAUCCGGCAGCUAAAUUUCCGAACAAUUUUUUUUUUCCUGUUAAUUAUUUAUACGGAAUCAUGUUAAUUCACGUAAAUUUUCUGUAAAAUUUCUGUAAAUAAAAUCUGUAUUUUACAUGGGAAUUUUGUAAAAGUACAGUAAUUUUACGGAAAAGGAAUUCGUAAAAUUACAGACAAAAAAAAUUAAUUCCGGUAGCAAAAUUUCUGGACAAAUUUUUUUUUCCGUUAAUUAUUUAUACGGAAUCAUGUUAAUUUAUGUAAAUUUUCUGUAAAGUUUCCGUAAAUAAAGUCCGUAUUUUCAAGAAUUGUCAUUUACGGAAUCUUGUAUAUUUUACAGAAAUUUUUCAUAAAUUACCACUUUCUGUAAAUUUACGGGAAAAAAAGUCCGGAAAUUUUGCUGCCGGACUUUUUCCGUUAAAAAACACUCAUUUUUUUAACAGUGUAACAACAAUACAAGAGAGAAGCAAAGUAGGAAGGCACUCUCCAUGUUUACAAUAAAUCGUUAUUGAUGUUAGGGCUGAAAACAAACAUGACAAAAGACGGGAAUAAGAGUAUCAGCGAAAGGUUCAACUCUUGCUCGACCAUCCCCUAAAAUCCCCAAACAGAAACGUAGAAACGAGAGAAAGAUAUAAGGAAAUCAAACAAGUAUAAACCUGAAAUUUUCAUCAAAAUCAGGUGUAAAUAAGAAAGUAAUGACAUGUAUUGUUUUAAUAAUCAUGCAAAUCUUAGGAGCGCAUGAACGACACAACGAUACGUCUGUGUUUUAUAAUUAUGAAUUAUUUAAAUAUGUUCAAAGUGACAUAUUCGAUUUGAUUCCAUUGAACAUAUUCCGUAAGCGGGAUGCCCCCAUCCUACGAAAAAGCCUGGAUCUCGCCCUUUUUCUAUCUCUUUUCUCCUUCUCUCGUUUUUAUUUUCCGUCUCUUAUUUUUAUUUCCCCAUCCUGUCACCCCCUACCCCUCAGUCACUUCUUCCUAUCUUUUCUUUCUCUCUCUUUAUUUUCUUAAUUUUGCCUGAUCCUUCUAUUGUUCUUUCUUACCCUUCUAUUCUCGUUCUCAUCCGUUACCUUGUGCUUCCAUAUCUUUGUAAUUAUUCAUCCUUCUUAUUCGACCACCUCAAUCUACCUCUUUUCCUUUUCUUUGAUCCUCCUUUUCUCGAUCCCCGUUCUUAUCAUUGUCAAUCACCACCAUCUUUAUCAUAAUUUUUGUUUACGUUUUCUCUUUCGCUCACUCAAUAUUCCUCAUCUCAUAAGUACCUCCACCAUCCAGCCUUUUCUUAAUCUGUCCCCACUCGGAGGAAAGGGAAUUCCUUUUCAUAUUUCUCACAUCAAAAUUCCUUUUGCUUGUGGGAUCAGAACAAAAAUACAUUUCUGUGCAAUCGUACUAUAAAAGCAAAACUACGAACUCUGAAUAGCACCAAAGGUCCAAAAUAACGUUUUAAAGGAUUGUUUUGAUAUUAUCGUUGAUUAUCGAAAUAUUGGCGUUGCGUUGUCAUGGUACACGCAAAGGAUUAUGGGAUACUAGCUUGUGCGGGCGCGCGCACUCGGACGUGUGUCCGCUCCUAACCCGUACAUGUGCAUAUCUAUGGACGAGCUUCUCAGAAAUUUCAAAUCGGAAGCUUGUGAUUUUUUGGAACAAUAAUGUUAUUUGGUCAUCUGCGGAAGAACUCCAGCACGUUUCUAGCUCGAAUCAGUUAGAAGUAAUGGGUAAAUACUUAACUGACAAUAAUUUAUUUUUGUGGGCCAUACAUGAAGAGUUUAGUUGCAAAAGGGGUUAGGUCCACUUUGGACCAUUCCGAGAAAAAAAACAUGUUUUUUAUUCUCUCACUUAUUGCAAUAUUCUUAUGAGAAACUAAAUUGUCAUGAUGUACUACAUCAAAUUUGGUAUAAAAGAAAUCUACCUGUCUUAUUUUUUUUCUAUACAUUAAAAAAAAAUUGCCAUUAAGGGAACCUAACCCUUUUGCAAGCAAACUCAAAUGAAUCUAUUGAUUAAAAAAGUGAUUUUUUCUAAGCCACUUUUAUUCACGUUUUCAUUUGAAUUUCAAAUUUUCUUUGGUAUCAUCAGAGAGACUAACAAUUUAGAGGUUUAGAGACAGAAAACAAUAAAAUUUGUGGAAAAUGGACCUAACCCUUUUUGACAAAUGAGUUAUUCAGAUAGUAGAGCGGAUUAGCCGAACAAUUGUGCAAAUUUUGACUAAAGCAUGAAACUUUCACAAGUAUAAGUAUAUGCCCUAAGAUUUAUUUUAAAGAUGGGAGGUAAAUUUUAAAAUGCCAUUUUCGGCCGUUGCCAUGGCAACGGAUUAAUUUCUCAAAAAUGACAUACAUUCCCAUGUAAAUGGUAAAUAAACAUGAUAUAGAUGACCAAAAUGAUAAUUUUUAAGCUCCCAAAUGAAUAUAUAUAAAAUUUAGAAACAUUCAAAAUUAACAAGAUAGUUCCAAUUGGUCCGUUGCCAUGGCAACGACUUGUUUUUCCCCAGAAAAAUAAAAAAACUGAUUAAAAAAACGUUGUAGAAUAGGAUUUAUCUUUAAUUUUCCCUAAUUUUACAGUGUUGAACAAUGAUAUUUUGGUUGCUCAAUGUAUAAACUACAUCUCAAGCCGUUGCCAUGGCAACCAAAUAACAUCAAUUUACACAAAUUAAAUGGUUAACAAGACAAUGGACAGGUGGAAAAUACAACUGGAAAUGACUUAAUCUGUAUGCUUAAGUUUUGACCCCCUCAUUUGAACAAAAAAAUACAGAAAGUGUUCUGCAGGAGUUCUUUAUAAAGAUAAAACAUUAUGUUGCCUUGGUAAUGCUUGAAUUAAAUUUUAAAAACAAAUGUUGCAAAGAUCCCGUUGCCAUGGCAACAGCAUAUUUCCCUCUAGAAAGGUAAAAAUAUUGAUAAAAAUGUAGAAUACGAUCAUCAUUCCAUUUUCAAUAUUUUUAAGGAACUAAUAAAAAUAUAUGUUUGUGACUGCAUUUAUAAAUAUAACAUCUUAAGCCAUUGCCAUGGCAACCAAAUAACAUCUAAUUAAAAAAAAUCAAUGACAGGGAUGACAGGGUUAUGGAUAGGUGAAAAAUCCAAUGAAAAUAACUUUUAUGCAUAAGUUUUGACCUACUCAAUUAAUUUAGGGGAAACAGUAUACAGUGAGUGUUCUUCAUGAACUAAUUAGAAUGAUAAACAUUGAUGUUACCUUAGUAACACUUGAAUUCAACGAUAAAUAUCAAUGUUGCAAAUGACCUGUUGCCAUAGCAACGGCUCAUUUACGCAAAAAAGUUCUAGUUUUGAUUAGAAAAAGGACUUUGGACUCUGAUUUUUCUUUCAUUUCCCCUAAUUUAAUGGUAAGAAUUGAUAUGUUUGCUGUUAACAUACAAACAAUAUCUGAAGCCAUUGUCAUGGCAACCAAAUUAAUCUAAUUUGAAAAAAAAAAUAACAUGGUUGACAACACAAUGGACAGGUGGAAAAUACAAUUAGAAUUGACUUAAUCUGUAUGCUUAACUUUUGACCCCCUCAUUUGAACAAAAAGUACUUAAAAUGUUCUGCAGGAGUUCUUUAAAAAGAUAUGAACUUAUGUUGCCUUGGUAACACUUGGAUUAAAUUCUUUUUAAAAUGUUACAAAGGGCUCGUUGCCAUGGCAACAGCUUAUUUCCCUCUAGAAAGGUAAAAAUAUUGAAUUAGAAUUUAGACAUGUAUGAUCAUCUUUCCAUUUUCAAUAAUUUUAAGGUACUAAUCGAGAUAUAUAUGUGACUAAAUUUAUAAAUAUAACAUCUUAAGCCAUUGCCAUGGCAACCAGAUAACAUCUAAUUAAAAAAACAACAUGGAUGACAAGGAUAUGGACAGGUGAAAAAUACAAUGAAAAUUCACUUGAUGUGCAUCACUGUAUGCAUCAGGAUUGACCUCAAUUAAUCUAGGGGAAACAAUACAAUGAGUGUUCUACAUGAACUAUUUAUCAUUCUUAGAAUGAUAAACAUUGAAGUUGCCUUGGUAAUAAUUGAAUUCGAUAAACAUCAACGUUGCAAAUGACCUGUUGCCAUAGCAACUACUCAUUUCCCCAAGAAAAGUAACAGUUUUGAUCAGAAAAUCUGUACAAUCUGAUUUUUUCCUUUCAUUUCCCCUAAUUUUAGGGUAAGAAUGGAUAUGUUUCCUGUUAACAUUCAAAUUAUAGCUUAAGCUAUUGUCAUGGCAACCAAAUAACAUCUAAUUUGAAAAAAAUAACAUGGUUGACAUGAUAAUGGACAGGUGGAAAAUGCAAUCCAUUAACUCAAGGUUUGACCCAGUCAAUUAAUUUUGAACAAAGAUUACAGUGGUUCGCAUUAGUUCAUUAGAAUGAUAAAAUUUGAGGUUGCCUUGGUAAUGCUUGAACUUAAUGAUAAAUAUCACUGUUACAUAUAGCCCGUUGCCAUGGCAAUGACUCCUUUUUUCCCGAAUAAAGUACCAAAUUUGAUAGAAAAACAGUUUAGAAUCUGCAUUUUGUCAUAAAUUUCCCCUAAUUUUAGAGUGCAAAGCAUUAUGUUUGCUGUUGAUAUACAAAUAACUUAUGCCAUUGCCAUGACAACCAAAUUACAUCUAAUUCCAGUGGCUUAAUGUGGUUUCUAUGCAAUGGUUUUAAGGGUGAAGUAGUAUAUUGUGACUAGUUACAAGGACAGCCAGUGGUCUGAUGUGUCCAAGACCCUGAGACAGCUUCCAAAAAUGGAGUUUGAAAUGGCUGUUGAUAUAUAAAUGGACAUAGCUUAUUUCAUAUCCGUCUGGGAUAUAUGAUUUGGUGUCUAGACCAUGGUUUCAAUGGUCAAGUAAUACACUAUGACAAGUUACACGGACAGUCAGUUGUCCAGUAUAUUUAAAAAAAUCCAAGAUGGCUUUGAAAAUAGAGUCUAAAAUUGUUGUUGAUGCAUUAAAAAAACGUAGAUUGUUUAAUAGCCUGGAAUAAGUUUAUGCCAUGGUGAAAUGUGUCAAACUAUACAUUAGGACAAGUUACAAGAACACUCAGUGGUCAAGUAUGUCAAAAAUCCAAGGUGGCUUCAAAAAAUGGAUUAUAGAAUAGCCCUGUUACUAAAGAAUUGACAUAUUUCGUGUAAUAUCUGCCAAGGGCAUAUUAUUUUGAUAUCUAAACCAUGGUUUUAAAAGUCAGUAAAUACAUCAUGACAUGGAACAAGUUACAAGGACAGUGAGUAAUCCAAUAUGUCUAAACAUCUAAGAUGGCUUCAAACAAUCGGGGUUUAAUUGGAGUCUGUUGCUUAAAAAUUGACAAAGUUCAUUGAAAGUCAACCAAGGAAAAAUGAUUUUGGUGUUCAAACUUUGGUUUAAGGUUUCGAAAAAUACGUUUAGACUUGUUACAAUGAUAUCCAGUUGUCCAAAUUGCCUAAAAAUCCAAGAGGGUGAUCAAAAUGGAAUCUAAAAUGACUUCUAUCACUCAAAAAUUAUCAGAGUUCAUACAACCUGUGAGAAACAUCUUUGGUGUCUACACUGUGGUAUGAAGGGUCCACUAUUACAUUAGGACAAGUAACAAGGAUGGUUAGUUUUCAAUUUUGUCCAAAAUCCAAGGUAGAUUCUCACAAGUGGAUAUCAUAUCCACUUCAACGUAACAGUCGUCAUUUUUUAACCCAUUCAUUGAUGCCAUCUUGGAUUUUCAGGCAAAAUGGACAUCUAUACAUCAUUGUAACCAGUCCCAACGUAUCAUUUGAUCCUUGAAAUUCUAAUGUAGACACCAAAAUAACAUCCCCAGGAGUAUUUUUUAAUGUACUAUGUCCACUUUUAAGUAACAUUAAAACCCCCAUUUUUCAAACAAUCUUUGAAUUUUUGGACACAAUAUUAACACCUGACUGUCCAUUCAACUUGACACAAUGUACAGUAUUAGUUGACCCCUGAAACACUAGUGUAGACACCAAAAUCAUACCCCCAAUGUGCAUUAUUAAUGAAUUAUAUGUCCAUUUCGAAGUAACAACAAUCAAUUUAGACCCCAUUUUGGAGGCCAUCUUGGAUUUUUUAACAUACCAGUCCAUUGGUUGUCCUUGUAACUUGUUCUAAUGCAUUAAACCAUGGUUUUAUGAUGAUGGUUUAGACAUCAAAAUCAUAUUCCCCAGACAGAUAUUGAACAAAAUAUGUCCUAAUUUAUUAUUUCACUUUUGAAACUAUGGUUUAGACACCAAAAUCAUAUCUCACAGGUGAAUAUAAAAGGAGUUAUUCCACUUUUAAGUAUCAGCAGCCAUUUUAGAAUAGUUUUUGGAAGCCAUAUUGGAUUUUCGAAUACACCUGACUGUCAUUGUAACUUGUACUAAUAUUGUUAGACUCUUGAAACCAAUGAUUUACUCUUGAAACCAAUGAUUUAGACACCAAAAUAUUAUCCUCCAGGCCAAUAUGAAAUGAGCUAUGUCCGCUUUAGGUAUAAGCAACCAUUUUAGAUUCAAGUUUUUGAAGCCAUCUUGGAUUUUUGGACAUUCCAGACCACUGGCUUUCCCUGUAACUUGGUCCAAUGUACUACUUGAUCCUUAAAACCAAUGAAUAGAAACCAAAUUAAAGCCAUUUUAUCAAGUAAUGGAUGAAUUGUGAAUUUUUAGCCUAUGGCACCCACUGAGGGCACCAUCCUGGAAUACCCUUGCUUAAAUUAUUUUUAACCUUUCAACCAGUAAAGGUAUUUUUUAUUUUAUUUGACGAGUCUACUUUUCAUGUAAAAUAACCAGUGAAUAGAUUACACUUGGCGUUGAAUAGAUUCAUAUGUUACUUUAAAAAUUAUCACAGUAUUACAAAAUUUUCUUCUUCAAAAUCAGCAGUGCAAUUUUGAGGGGGCCAGAUAUGACAUAUCAAGCAAAAUUUACUUUAAAAUGUUCUCACCGAGCCAGCGACAGAGCAAAAAUUUCCAAAUUUUUCCUUUUUGGUAUAUUAUUCGUAAAAUAAUCAUAUUUUAUCCAUCUCUCUUUCACUUUCUCUGUAUUCUUUCUUGAUAAUGAUUUUUUUUUCUUUUUUGGGAGGGGGGGGGGGGGGACGGGUUGCAAAUUCCCGGGAAUUUUCUUGAUGGAAACUUUCCAUGGGAAUAAACGUGACUUUUGUGGGAAUUUUUUUUUAAUUUUCGGCAAUUUUCAUGAAUUUUUAAAGAAAUUAUGGGAAUUUUCACAAAGUAACGAUUUUCUGACAUUUGUAUGCAGGAAUUAAAAGGUGUAUCCUGGCAGAUGAUGCCUAAUAGUGCUUUGCUAUCAUAUUUCAAGCCAAGUAUGCUAAAACAGUCGAACAAGGAAGGAUUUCAUGAUUUCAUGAUCUCCAUGUAAAAGUUGAUUUACUGUAUUUACCUUGAUUAGGAUAUCAAGACCAUGUCUACUCCUCAAAUAGACUUAAGAUUUUGAUUCAUCAACCCCUAUAAUCCCCUUAGAUAUUGAUAUGAUGAACAGCUUUAAAACACGCUUUCUUCAAAAUGGCCGCCUGCGAAUACUUUGAACGUAAUUGUCCAGCAUCAAAAUUAGAGUUUCGGGAAUUUAGUUGAGCCCAAAAAAGUCUGAUGUGAUUUUUGUAGGUCUUAUUUCGAUGCCAUGUAUAAUGAAAUAAGAUGGUGCUUAUCAUGUAGCAUAUUUAUGUUCAGCAACCUCCUAUAAGGGAAAAGGAAAUAAAUACACAUAUUUUUAUCAAAAUUUGUACUUUUCUGGAGCCAUUUGUAACAUUGAUAUUCAUCAUUAUGUUCAAGCAUUACCAAAACAAAAGUAAUUUUUGUCAUCCUAAUGAAAUCAUGCAUAACACUUAAUGUAACUUUUGUUCAAAAUUAAAAGAGUAGGUCAAACCUUACGCAUAUUCAGUUAAUUUUAUUGUAUUUUCCUUCGGUCCAUUAUCUUGUCAGCUAUGUUUUUUUGUAAAUGAAAUGUUAUGUUAUUGCCAUUUCAACGCCUUAAAAUGUUAUUUAUACAUUUAACAACAAACAUGUACGUGUAUGUUUGACACCCUAACCUUAGUGGAAAUGAAUGAAAAAUAAGAUUCUACUAGGUAUUUUUUUUAUCAAAGAUGGUAUUUUCUGGGGGAAAACGAUCCGUUACACAUUUGCAAAAAAAUGAUAUUAAAUUCAACCAUUACCAAGGCAGCAUCAGUUUUUAUCAUGCUAUUGUACUCAUGCAGAACACUUACUGUAAUUUUUGUUCAAAACUUAAAGGAGAAUGAAACCUUUAGAACAAGAUAGCUUGUGUGAAAACAGAAAAAUCUAAGAAACAGAUCAAUGAAAGUUUGAGAAAAAUCGGACAAAUAAUGAGAAAGUUAUGAGCUUUUGAAUAUUGCGAUCACUAAUGCUAUGGAGAUCCUCACAUUGGCAAUGCGACAAAGAUGUGUGAUGUCACUCUUGAACAACUCUCCCCAUUACUUUAGUAUAUAUUUCACUUAAAUUGCCUCUUUUAUUACAUCUAUCAGUAGAACAUGUAUUCUUUCUAUAGGAGGGCAUGUAAUACAGAUUUUUAUAGAAUACAUCAUGGAUAAAGAGUUUGUAUCACCAUACGAAAAAGCAAAAAGACACAUUUUCAGGGUCCAUCAAAGGGAAAGUUGUUCAUGUGUGACAUCACACAUCCUUGUAGCGUUGCCAAUGGGAGGAUCUCCAUAGCAUUAGAGAUUGCAAUAUUCAAAUGCUCAUAACUUUCUUAUUAUUUGUCUGAUUUUUCUCAAACUUUCUUUGUUCUUAUUCUUUGAUUUUUCUGUUUCGACACAAGCCUACUUGUUCCAAAGGUUUCAUUCCCCUUUAAUGACUGGUCAAACAUUAUGUAGCUUUUAAAAGUAAACCUUUAUUUUACAUCCCACCUGACCAUUAUCAUUUCAACAGUAAUCUUUUUUGGUAUUUAUAAAUUACAUCUUGAUUGGUUGCCAAGGCAAUGGCUGAAGAUGUUAUCUACAUAUUAACCGCAAACAUAUAUUUUCUAACACCCUUAACUUAAGGGAAAUGAAAGAAAAAUCAGAUUUUAUCAUGUUUUUAUUUAUCAAAGCUGCUGAUACUUUUCUGGGGGAAAUGAGCUGUUGCCAUGGCAACAGAACAUUUGAAUUAUUAAUAUUUAUCAUUUAAUUCAAGAAUUACCAAGGCAACAUCAAUUUAUUAUUCUAAUGAACUCAUACAGAAUACUUAGUGAAUUUUUUGUUUAAAAUUAAAUGACUAGCCAAACCUUUCGCAUAUUGAGUUAUAUUUGUAUUUUCCACCUGUCCAUGAUCUUGUCAUCCAAAUUAUUAUUUUUUUGUGAAUUAGAUAUUAUUUGGUUGCCAUGGCAAUAGCUUUAGAUUUUAUUUAAACAAUUUGCAUCAAACAUAUCUAUGUUUAACACACUAAGAUUGGGGGAAAUGCAAGAAAAAACAGAUUCUAUAGUCCUUUUUUAAUAAAAACUGGUACUAAAUGAUCCGUUGCUAUGGCAACAGGCAAUUUGCAACAUUGAUAUUUAUCGUUGAAUUCAAGUAUUACCAAGGCAACGUCAAUCUGUAUCAUUCCAAUUAGUUCAUGCAGAACACUCUCUGUAUUAUUUCCCCUAAAUUAAUUGAGUAGGUCAAACCUUAUGCAUUUACAUAAGUUAAUUUUCAUUGUACUUUUCACCUAUCCAUAACCUUGUCAUCCCUGCUGUUGUUUUUUAAAUUAGAUGUUAUCUGGUUGCCAUGGCAAUGGCUUAAGAUGUUAUAUUUAUAAAUGUAGUCACAAUCAUAUUUUGAUUAGUUCCUUAAAAAUAUUGAAAAUGGAAUGAUAAUCAUACAUGUAUUCUAUAAUUUUAUCAAUAUUUUUACCUUUCUAGAGGGAAAUAAACUGUUGCCAUGGCAACGGGAUCUUUGCAACAUUCGUUUUUUUUAUUUAAUUCAAGCAUUACCAAGGCAACAUAAUGUUUUAUCUUUAUAAAGAACUCCUGCAGAACACAUUCUGUAUUUUUUUGUUCAAAUGAGGGGGUCAAAACUUAAGCAUACAGAUUAAGUCAUUUCCAGUUGUAUUUUCCACCUGUCCAUUGUCUAGUUUACCAUGUUAUUUUUGUAAAUUAGAUGUUAUUUGGUUGCCAUGGCAAUGGCUUGAGAUGUAGUUUAUACAUUGAGCAACCAAAAUAUCGUUGUUUAACACUGUAAAAUUAGGGGAAAUUAAAGAUAAAUCCUAUUCUACAACGUUUUUUUAAUCAGUUUUUUAUUUUUCUGGGGAAAAACAAGCCGUUGCCAUGGCAACGGACAAAUUGGAACUAUCUUGUUAAUUUUGAAUGUUUCUAAAUUUUAUAUAUAUUCAAUUGGGAACUUGAAAAUUAUCAUUUUGGUCAUCUAUGUCAUGUUUAUUUACCAUUUACAUGGGAAUGUAUGUCAUUUUUGAGAAAUUAAUCCGUUGCCAUGGCAACGGCCGAAAAUGGCAUUUUAAAAUUUACCUCCCACCUUUAAAAUAAAUCUUACGGCAUAUACUAAUACUUGUGAAAGUUUCAUGCUUUAGUCAAAAUUUGCACAAUUGUUGUGAUUUUUGGAGCUAAUCCGCUCUACUAAGAAGAGAUUUGUUGCAAAAAGGGUUAGGUCUACUCCAAGAUUUUUUUUUCUCACAUAUUGCAAUAUUCUUAUGCGAAACUGAAUUUUCAUGAUACCUUACCAUGAGAACAUUAAAUUGUGUAUAAAAGAAAUCUACCUGUCUUCAUAUUUUUUAACAUAAUAAGAUUAAAAGUGUUGUUAAAUGUGGCUAAAUUAGAUAUAGGUCUAUGUGUAGCUCAAAUUUGAAUUUCAACGAUGCUCUUAGUUUUUUUCCAUAAAAAACACUUGCAUUUAAUGUAUUUAUAUUAUUGUCACAGUAGCGUUUCAAUGUAUAGAUUUAAAUGCCAUCAUUUUGGGAUCCAGGUAUGAUUUAUAUUGCAUCUUUCGCGAAGGGUUUUGCAUUUCGUUUACAAAGGUGUUAAGGGCAAUACUAUAUUCUUUCUUUUCACCCGACAAUGCUGACUGUGUUGGCAAUUUAAUUACUGUUUACUUUCUUUUGUUUUUCUUCUUUUCAAAUUUACUACAUUUCACAGGGGCGGAUCCAGGAUUUCCAAAUGGGAUGAGGGGGUGGGCAUUUGUACAAGAAACCUCUAGGAAAAAGUUGACAAGCAAAAAUAAGGUUCCCUAAUUCUCUUUGCAUGGCACAAAAAAAAACACCUCCCAAAAGACGAUCCGCCACUGACAUGUCCCUGGCAAAUUUUCCGCUUUACUCAUUUUCAUGGGUGAGACUCUGUAUGUCAAGCAUGGCGGUUUUAGGAGGGGGUGUCUCUAUGCCAUCAUAGUCCGGUAUCAUUCUUAUAUAUAUAACACUAUUUAAAAUAUUACUGACAGGUAAAGUAGGGCCAUACAAUGAUAUCACCGAACUUAGUCAAACAUUUUUUUAGUAAAUUGUCUUUUAAAAUCUUAAAUUAAAUGCACAUGUAUAUAUAGCAUGUUUGCUUAAACAAGAAUUCGUUUGACUAAACAGCUGCCACGCCAUGCCAUUUCUGUUUCUUAAUUUCAUAAUUUCAUAAUUCUCAUGCGCCUAUACUUAACAAAUAAAUAACACAUUUGAAAAAUAUGUUGCAAAUAAAAUGAAUUUACAUGUUAAAAUUUACUUUGAAUGCCCAUUUCUUAAAUUGAUUGCUCUUUAAAAAAAUCAUGUAAUUCAUUUAAAGAAUGUUUUACAGAGAUAAUGAACCCACGUUCGAAAAAAUGGUAAUGCUUGCGAAUUCAUUAAAUUGCAUGAUAACUAUUUACAUUACAAUGACAAAUAACCGAGGCGACCAUAGUGGGAAAACCUUUACAAUGAGGGGAUAAAGCAGAGGAGUAUACGGAGAAGGAAAACAAUUAAAGAAGUACAAAAUUGAGGAAAUAGAUAGACAGAAAAGACAGAAAGAAAGAGAGAAGAAAAAAAUUAUGAGAGGAGAAACAGUGUUACGAAUAUGAGUUGCGUUACAAAAUAAUGUCAAACUGCUACAUGACAUAAUAAGAUAUAACGACAUAAACAUUAUCAUGUGUAAUACAAAAACAUACAUAUACAUAAUUGUAAUUUGUGAUACAAUUGUCAUGUGCAUUUCACUCGCUGCGCUUGCAUGUAAACAGACGUUCCCUUUUAAGGUUUACACAAGUAAACGACCAAUGUGUGAAGGGUAAGGGCAGAUUUUAAAGGAAUUAUGUUCAUAUCAUUUCUGUUCAUGCGCGUUAUUCCCAAUAUAGUUUGAUUUGUUGUUAAAGACAUUAUCACUGUGGAAAAGAUGGACGGGCGCUUGGCUGGGGCAGACAAACACGACAUGAACAAGUAAUACAAGGGAUACAAGAGAUGAAAUAAAACAUAAUGGAACAUUCUAUCAUAAUGUCAUAUUUUCAGGUGUAAAUGUCAACACUUUCGUUUGCUCGCGACUUAUCAGAAAUUAUGCCGGGUUUUUUACUCUAAAUAUGUCGUUUAUACACGAGUGUACUCCCCUUUUGAGAGUCACUGCCAAUCUCUUUAAAGGAAGUAUGUCGUUCAUACCCAAGUAAAGACCUUUAUCUUUUUUUUAUCUUUUUUUUUGCUUGCUUGUCAAAUUUUAAACGGGAAAAAAUGAUAAUGCAUUAAUAAAAAAAAUCAUGUGAAUUUUGAUAUAAUACGCAUACAACGUUUCUAAUUCUAUUCCAAAACACUGUUCAAAAACGCACUUCGAAUGAACUUUAUCGCUGUGGAUAAUACAGUGAAUAGUUCAAUGUUCUUUGCUCGCGAUGAACAAAAAAAUGUUAUUUUAAAUCGUUUGUUUAUCAGGGUUUUUUAAGGAAAAGGAAAGACAACAAAAUAAUUACCCGUCCCUGGACAUUUACUAUUAGAAAGUCAAUAUCUUAACGGUAUAUUUUCAAAAUAAAAUAAGAUGCUUGUGCUAAAGCUUAAUUGUCGGAAUAUAACGGAAAAGACGCUCACAAACUUUUCACAAGGCACCUAAUUACCCAAAUAAAAAGUAUGCAAUGUUAAUAUUUAACUCUCAUUUAAUGGUAUUCAAGAAGGCCAUCAGUACAUCUAUGACCGACUUUCUGGUUACAAGGCGAAGGCAAAAGGUCAAUCGGGGGUCAUUUCAAUUAAAAUAUUUAAAAAAAGAUUAAGGAUUUCAUUUAUUUUUUAGACCAAUUAAUGAAAUUAUCAAUCAGGAUAAACAUGCAUAUAACGGUUAUAAGAUAUCAGAAAUGCGAUGAGAAUAGAUGAUAAUAAUUUAAUGUUAUGGUAAAAGGUCAUAGCUCAUGUCAGAUCAGUGAACGUGGAUAAGUAUUAAUAUUCUGUUAAUAACCUGAAACCAAGACCACACUCAAUAAACGAUUCUACGGGCACAGAUCCACCGUCAACACAGCAAAGCUGGACACUCCAGUUGGCCGCCAUUUUAACCUCCCCAACCACUCCAUCACUGACAUGAUUCUACAGGGCAUCGAAUCUUUAGGUACCCGUCCUGACUCAGUCCGUACUAGCAGAGAGAAGCUCUGUGUUAGAGAUUCAACCUUCCCCCUCAAGUGUAUUCUUAAUCCUUUGUAUUAUGUAAUGCACAAUAGUGCUCUGGAGUGAAUAUUGAGUAGUUAGGCUCAGUGGUUAGGCUCCAUCGCACUUAAUUGUAAUUAACAUACUCAGCAUUUUUGAACUGGGUGGGUUGCCUGUUUUAGCAGGAGUACCUCACUAUCUGCACAGCUUUCACACAGGCAGGACCUAUUGGUCCUUGGGUCCAGUUGGGUGAUUGGAAAUGGAGAGUUAGAGUUUUAAGCCAAACACUUGCGCUGCAAUAAAACUAUAUUCCAGAGUCAAGAUUCACUAAACCAACAUGGAGGCCUGUUCCUGAUUUCCUGCAUUUAGUCAUCCCAGUCAAACUAUGGGUUCUUCUUCAUCUACCUGGGAGUUCACCCAGUGGUUCUUCAGAAGUAAAGAAGUCUGGCAGCUCAUUUUCAGCCAUUGACCAGACCAGUCAAGAGUAGGAGUAAAGGUUUAUUAGAGGGCACCCACCAAGAACGGACAGCACCCUCGCUGACAAGAUCUGAUGAUGGUCGUUUAUCAUCGCUCGUUUUACUCAUUCGUUACUCCUCAUGAAUUUUUAGCAGGAAGCAACAGUUGAUUAAAGUGGGUUAUUUUAUUUAUACCCUCCAGAGACUUAAAGCAUUGUUUUGUAACCAUAUAUAUACUAUUGUGUAACUUCCUUCGAGUUGAAUAUAUUUUUGUUAUUAUUGUUUAUCUUCUGUUUAUUCUGGUCCACCAAAACCAGAAGAUUGAAUUUAAAUGUUGGAAGUUGAAGCCGGAAAACGAGUAAUAAAACUAAACAUAUUUUAUUUGUUGAACUAAAUAAUAAUUGUCUUCCAUGGUCAUUUAUUUAGUUUUACAGUAGUGAGUUGAGAGAGUCACCAUUCGACACAAGUUAUGUCCAUUUGAAUUUAUUCAGGUGUGACAUUUUUGGGGGCUUGUCCGGGAGUCGAACCCGGGACCUCUCGCAGAAUUAG